AUGGAGGGUUUGGAAGAUUCUCCUUCUACCCUCCUUGUUAAAGACAUUGAACCUCGAUCAGACAAUGAACGAGAUUCUGAAGAUUCGUGUGGUUCGUUUUCUGGACUUUGCCUUCUUCAGGGUCAGGGGGCAUAUUUCCAUACAAGACUGGAUGAAAUCGUUGCUGGAGAUCCCUACGACCUCGAUGCUUGGAGCGUUUUAAUCGAAGAGGUUGAAAGAAAAUGCAUUGAUAACUUGGAUAUCAUAUCAAUAAUAUAUGAUUCCCUUUUGUCAAGGUUUCCAUUGUGCCAUUGGUAUUGGAGAAAAUAUGCCGAUCAUGCUGUACGACUCUCAGAUGCUCACGCGGCUGUUAAAGUAUUUGAAUGUGCAGUUGGUUCUGCAACUUUCUCUGUUGGUUUGUGGGUUGACUAUUGUCGUUUUGGCGUGUCUUUUUACGAGGACCCAUUUGAUGUUCGUAGGUUAUUCCAGAGAGCCCUGAUGUAUGUUCGAAGGGAUUACCUUUGUCAUGCCUUAUGGAAUGAGUACAUAAAGUUUGAGCUCUCUCAGCAGAACUGGGAAUUUCUUGCAAAUAUUUACCUUCAAGUGUUGAGAUUCCCUACUGGAUAUUUGCAUAAGUAUUAUGAGAAUUUCGAACAUUUUGUUGAUGGCAUGGAAAAGGAAUUGAGAAAAUGUAAUCAGUGUGGGAUUGAGGUAAAACCCCGGCAUAAUGGUGAAGUUAUGUGGUCGGAUUAUGAAAUCUCUCAAGUCAUUAAGGACUUGCAGUAUCCGGCCAAUGAGGCUGUUUUAGCCAAAGCAGUCCAUAUGUAUCAGUAUAUUGGAGAAGAAUUUUAUCAGAAAGCAAACAAGCUUGAUGAAAGAAUAAAGCUCUAUGAAACCAAUAUCAAAAGGUUAUAUUUUGACACUGCACCACUUGAUGAAGGACAGCUGCAGAAUUGGCAUCAGUAUCUGGACUUUGUUGAAAAGCAGGAGGACUUUGAUUGGGCUCAGCAACUCUACGAAAGAUGCUUGAUUCCUUGUGCUUACUUUCCUGAAUUUUGGAUGCGUUAUGUGGAAUUCAUGGAAAGUAAAGGUGCACGAGAGUUUGCGAAUUCGGCUUUGGACCGGGCUACACAAGUCUUUCUUAAGAAUGUGCCAGAAAUAAAUCUUUUCAAUGCAAGGUUUAAGGAGCAAAUAGGAGACUCAGUUGCUGCUUCUGCUGCGCUUGCUCAGUGUGAUUUUGGAUCAGGAUCCUACUUGCCUAAACAUAUCAUAGAGCUGGCUAAUAUCCAAAGGCGUCUGGGUUGUUUGGAAGAAGCUUGUGCUACAUUGGAUAAAGCAAUUAAUAUGACGGAAAAGAUGCGGAAAUUGCAUAAUUUUUCUAGCCUAUUUAUUUACUAUUGCCGUCUCAAGUACCUGAUUACAGGCAGCGUGGAUACUGCUAGAGAAGUCCUAAUUGAUGGAAUUCAACGUAUUCCUGAUUGCAGUCAACUUCUAGAGGAAUUGAUAAAAUUUGCAAUGACCCAUGAAGGAUCGAAACAAGUGAAUUUCUUAGACUCUAUUAUAGAUCAAGCGAUUUCUCCUUCCACUAGUGCACAUGGAUCCCAAAGUCUGGCCCUUACUGAUCGACAGCGCAUAUCUUCUUUGUUUUUGGAGUUUGUGGACCUCUGCGGGACUUCCCAUGAUGUUAGGAAUGCAUGGAUUCGUCAUGUUCGAUUGUUUCCGCAAUCAGUAAGGAACAAUGUUGUAGAUAUGCAUGUGGACUCUGUAAAUUGCUUUUCUGAUAGGAUCUUGGAAGAAAGAGAAAAUGGUUAUCGUGCAUGUCGGAUUCUGCAACCUGAGGGCCGAACAAGUAACCCGGCAGUCCAAGACCAGAUGUCGGUUGUGCCUAUGAACCAUGCAAGCAAGGUCGAAGUGGCUUGUGCUGACCAGAUUACUUGGAAAUGCAUCGAUGACAUGGAGUGUGAGGAAGACAAUUUAUUGGCCAAUGAUCCAUCUUUGGCUGCAUCAGAAGUUAACGAAGUAAUUAGUGACAGGGUGCCUCAACAGCACAAUGAUACCCCAGAAGUGAAAUCAGACAAUUUUUCACCACAGAUGCCCGAAGGAGAGAGGGCUGGACCAGCAACCCGAACACUGGUGCAUCUCAAUACUGAGGAUACAUCAGGCUCAAACGAGAAGACUUGUAGCUUACAUGAAUACUCAGAAGCAAUUGCAGCUCCAGAGUCUCCACGAAAACACUCCAUUUCAUUUGAUAAACAAGACCAAGAGCUUGAACAGUGUCCAAAUCCGAUUUCUCUUGAUAAUCUGUCCUUGCAUUCUGUUGAAAAGGCCUCAUCAGAUUUAAUAAUUGUGGCAUCUGAUCAGCUUGAUCCUACCUUAAUUGUGUCCAAGUCCGACACCAAUGGGCCACAGGUUUGUCUGAAUUCAGAAAUUAAAUCUCCUGCAUCUAGUCCAAAUGGCAUCCCUGCUAUUGAUUCUGGUCAAGUUCAAGAAUCAUCAGGUGGGGCUGAAUCAGGCUGUUUUUCAUCUUCAGCAAGUGAGCAAAAGAGAAUUGCAAUAGAUACGCAUCCUGAUUCGCUUGCCACCCUGGGUAUUACUGGAGAGCACCACCUGGUGCCUAGUGUCGCCAACGCUGAAACUUCAGGAGUGAAUUUGCCGUCAAAAUUACAGCAUUCGACAUUAAAACACGAACCUAUACCAAGAGGCUCACAUAUGCCUAUCAGUCAAGCAUAUAGUCCGCGUCCAUCAAUCCAGGAACCGUUGGGCCAUUCUAAAGUGCAGAACAGAGAAGGUGGUGCCCAGGGUAGUAGCCAACCUGUGACUGCAAACUAUAGCCAAAUAUCUGGGCUGGUAUGGGAAUAUCCACAGCUGCCAUCCGAGAAAGGGGUCAUGCUAACACAGCAACAAUAUCAACAAUCACAUCUGCAACUGCAUCCAUUUCAACUCCGACGGCAACACAAUCAGCAGUAUCUAUCCUCUUGGCAACCAGAGCAGAAGCAAUCUUAUUCAGUACCAUAUCAAGUACAUCAACUUCAACACCAGCAACAGGCACAUCAACAAAUACAGCAUCAUUACCAUCAGUUGACACAACAGUUGCAAUUUCAUCAAGGACAGGUACCACCAGUAAAUUGUCAACAGCUAGAGCUAUACUAUCAGUCAGAAAAAGUGAUCACGACAUAA